GGGAUAUUUCGGUGCCUUGUGGAACAUCAGACCCAGCGCGAGGAGACGUCUGAGAAGAAGGCGUGAAAUGAACAGGAUACGAAUCCACGUUUUGCCCUCAAGUCGAAACCGGGUGACCCAGACCCCCCGACCUCAGGAGCCCCUGGCCUGCUCCUUCACACAGCGACCGUGCUCCCAGCCACGCCUGGAGGGCCUGGACUUCUGCAUCAAACACAUCCUGGAGGACAAGAACGCUCCGUUCAAGCAGUGCAGCUACGUCUCCGCGAAGAACGGCAAGCGCUGCCCCACUGCGGCUCCCAAGGCCGACAGGAAGGACGGGGUGACGUUCUGUGCAGAACACGCCCGCAGAAAUGCAGUGGCUCUCCGAGCUCAGAUGAGAAAGGCGUCCUCCGGUCCUUCCCCAGAGACACUCUUGUCUCAGCUGAGUGGAUACAGCCGAGCAGACACCCCCGGUCCGGAUGGAGGACACUCGGAAGCUGCUCGCGCUCUGGAUGAGGACAGUUUGAGUGAGGAGGAGCAGGGACCUCUGGUGCUGGACCAGACCUGGAGAGGAGAUCCAGACAGCGAGGCCGACAGCAUCGACAGCGACCAUGAAGACCCACUAAAACAUGCAGGUGUGUACACCGCAGAGGAAGUGGCGCUCAUCACUCGAGAGAAGCUCAUCCGGCUGCAGUCACUGUACAUCGACCAGUUCAAGCGCCUGCAGCACCUGCUCAAAGAGAAGAAGCGCCGAUAUCUGCACAACCGCAAGGUGGAGCACGAGAUGCUGGGCAGCAGCUUGCUGACUGGGCCAGAGGGUCUGUCCCUGAAGGAGAGGGACAACCUGAAGAAGCUCAAAGCCCUGCGCCGGUACCGCCGCCGGUACGGCGUGGAGGCCUUGCUGCACCGACAGCUGAGGGAGAGGCGGCAGGCGGUGACCGAGGGAGCUGCUCAGCUCGGCUCCAGAACAGCCGGUGAGAAAUGCGUUUCUUUUGUGGAAGGAGCUCGAUGUGCCAACGCCUGCCUGCCGAUGGCGCGACACUGCCUCGCCCACAUCUACCAGGACAGCAACCAGGUGCUUUUCAAGGUGUGUCCGGGCCUGAAAGACGCUCCGUGCAGCCGCACCGUGCACAUGGGUCAGUCGGACGACCCCCGCUGCCCCCUGCACCUCCGCCUGGCUCCGCCCAUGUUCCAGCCGGAGCAGGAGGCGCCGCCGCAGGACCACUUCACCCCCGCCGGCAAAGACAUGUACCUGAGUGCCGCCGAGCUGCAGCCCACCGAGAGCCUUCCCCUGGAGUUCAGCGACGACCUGGAUGUGGAGGGGGACGGCAUGCAGGGACCUCCGUCCCCGCUGCAGUUUGACACGGCCCUGGCUCUGGAGGACCAGACCAUCAGGGCCAUCGCAGAGGCACCGAUGGACAUCCUGACGGGAGACGACCCGGAUCAGGUGGACCUGGACACCUCCGGACAGGAGCUGUCAGAGAGGGACGUGGACGCCAUCAUGGACGACCAGGUGGUGGCGGAGGUGGUUGGAGUCGAGGAAGACACCACCGACGGGUCGCUCCAGGACGUGGACGCCGCCGCCGGCGCUCCCAGAUGACCGAGCUUUCCAGACCCGUUUGUUGACAUUGUGGUUCAAACAAGAUGAGGCAUUUUACCACUGCAGGGGAAGUGUGUGCGUGUGCGUGUGCGUGCGUCUGCAUGUGCGUGUGUGUGCUGACUUAUGUUCCUGAUAUUGUGAAAUAACACUUGAAUGUAUUUGAUUGGUCAGUCUGGAGGUUGUUGGUCCGCAGUCCUCCUCUCCAGAUGCUUCAUGGUUUAUUGAGUCAUUCCGGUCAUGUUGUCUUCCUCUUCUCCUGUGAAGUUCCUGUGAGAGUAGAAGCCGGAUAAAGGUCCAUGUUCACUCCCGUCUUGGUAUAUAUACAUAUAUGUACAUUUCAGUUCCUUUGCCCUGACUGCAGGUCUGUUUUCUGAAUAAAAGGUAUUUUCUGAUA